CCUUAUUCAAUCCCCUCUAGAAAGUAGAAACAUUGCUUAAUUGGCUUGGCUAUUGCUGUUAGCUCCACACAAAAGAGAGAACCGGCGGCGAGCUAGGAGCUAGCCAUGGACGGACACGGCGCGGUCUCGCCGUGGAGCGUGCUAGGCGGGGCGGCGGCUGUGCUGUUCCUGUGGUUGGCGUCGCAGGUGCUGGAGUGGGCCUGGUGGGCGCCCCGGCGCGUGAACCGUGCGCUGAGGGCGCAGGGCCUGAGGGGCACCCGGUACCGCCUCCUCUGCGGCGACCUCAUCGAGGAGCAGCGUCUCCGCGCGGCGGCCCUGGCAAGGCCCGUCCCCGUGGAUCGGCCACACGACUUCCUCCCUCGCGUCGCGCCUUUCCUUCACCGCGUCCUCCAAGAGCACGGCAAGCUCUCGUUUACAUGGUUUGGGCCGACCCCAAGAGUUCUAAUCACCGAUCCCGAGCUUGCCCGGGAAGUGCUGUCGAAUAAGUGUGGCGACUUCGUGAAGUCGCUGCUCUCUCCCCUGUCAACGCUGCUGGUUGCUGGGCUCGUCGUCCUUGACGGUGAAAAGUGGGUCAAACAUCGAAGGAUUCUGAAUCCGGCAUUCCACGCGGAGAAGCUGAAGGGAAUGCUGCCGGCGUUCUUAGCAUGUUGCAACGAACUGGUUGACAGAUGGGAGAAACAGAUCUCUGCUUCCGCUGAACCAACUGAGCUGGAUGUCUGGCCAGAGUUCCAAAACUUAUCGGGAGAUGUGAUUUCAAGAGCUGCGUUCGGUGUUAGCUAUGAAGAAGGCAGAAGAAUUUUCCUACUUCAGGCGGAGCAAGCUGAACGCCUUGUUCAAUCUUUCAAGACAAAUUACAUCCCUGGCUUCUCUCUCCUGCCAACAGAAAACAACAGAAGGAUGAAUGAAAUCGACAGGGAGGUGAAGACGAUCCUGAGGGGCAUAAUAGAGAAGAGACAGAAGGCAGCCAAGAACGGUGAAGCAACCAAGGACGACGACCUGCUGGGCUUGCUACUGGAGUCGAACAUGAAUUACAGCGACUCGGACGGCAAAUCCAGCAAGGGGAUUACGGUGGAGGAGGUGAUCGGCGAGUGCAAGGUGUUCUACUUCGCAGGGAUGGAGACCACCGCCGUGCUGCUCACUUGGACAGUGGCCGUGCUAAGCAUGCACCCGGAGUGGCAGGACCGUGCCAGGGAGGAGGUCCUGCAGGUCUUUGGUGAAAACAAGCCGGACUUCAAUGGUGUGGCACGCCUAAAAGUGGUCACCAUGGUGCUCUACGAGGUGCUGCGCCUGUACCCUCCGGUGGCGGCCAUCAACCGCCGGACACGCCAGCCGACAAAGCUCGGAGGCGUCACGUACCCGGCGGGGGUCAUGCUUACGACGCCCGUCAUGUUCAUCCACCGGGACCCUGCCCUGUGGGGGUCCGACGCCGACGAGUUCAACCCGGGGAGGUUCGCCGACGGCGUGUCCAAGGCGUGCAGGGACCCCGGCGCCUUCGCCCCCUUCAGCUGGGGCCCGCGCGUCUGCAUCGGCCAGAACUUCGCUCUCCUGGAGGCCAAGCUGGCCGUCAGCAUGAUCCUGCAGCGCUUCGCGUUCGAGGUGUCGCCGGCGUACGUCCACGCGCCCUACACCGUGCUGACGCUGCACCCGCAGCACGGCGCUCCGGUCAGGCUGCGCAGGCUAUGAAUACACGAUCGGUGCUUCCGUUAAGCAAUCUCUCUCCAAUACCCGAAGACUCUGUUUAUUCAUUUCAAAGUUACGACUAC